AUGUAUAGAGGUUGUUAUAUUCGUGCUGCGCAUGCAGCAGCAGCAAAUGCUCGGGUGUAUGCGCAGGUCGUGGGUGUACCUGGUGACGUUAUAGCUAUACCAUGGGGAGAGCAGCAGCAGCAGCUGCAGCAGCAGCAGCAGCAGCAGCAUCAGUCACACCAGCUGCAGCAGCAGCAGCAGCAGCAGAGGGAUCUAGUACUUAAGCAGCAGCUGCUGCACCAUAGUAUAGAUUCACGAUUAGUUACUAUUGAUGAGUUGCUGCUGCUGCUGCUGCAGUUGCAUAGAGACAAAGAAAUAGAUUGGCAAAGACACCAAGGAGCCAACAUCCUGCUGCUGCAGCAGCAGCAGCAACUGUUGCAGCAACAGCAACAGCAGCAGCAGCAACAACAACAACAACGGCAGCAACUGCAGCAGCAGAAGCAGCAGGUUGAGGAGGAGCUGCAGCUGCUGCUGCAGCAAGAAGAGGAACAUAAAGAGCAGCAAGAGAUUAUUAGGCAGCAUAUAACUGAGCUGCAGCAGCAACUGCAGCAGCGGCUGCUGCAGCGGCGACAGCAGCAGCAGCAGCAACACCAGCAGCAGGAUUUGUUUCUUCUCCUUCGCGUGCCUCAAGGACGCUGCUGGAUUGAAAGCAUCCCCCCACCAGCUGCAGCAGCAGCAACAGCAGCAGCAGCAGCAGCAGCAACAGCAGCAGCAGCAACUGCUGGUGCAGCAGCAGCAUCAUGCGCUGAUGGGGAGGAAGACAAAGACACCCAUAACCAAGGAUUUAAAUCCUUACCAGUAAACAGCAGCAGCAGCAGCAGCAGCAACAGCAGCAGCAGCAGCAACAGCAGCAGCAGCAGCAGCAGCAGCAGCAGCGGAGGCCCAACAACAGGUGACGACAGUUUUACAUUUGCCAUCUGUAGUAGAGCCACAGACAGAGCAGAGUCUCCAUAG